AUGUCUUAUCGUAACACUGAUGUUGAUAUCUUAGAUGAAGACCAGUUAUUUCAGCAUGAACUAUUUACGUUCGCAGGCGGUGAAGAGCUUGAGCCGGAUGUGGCGCUAAGAAAUGUUCAGGCGAAAGGAGUUGACGUUAGAAACUUUUUGACAAGAGGUAAUACCGAAAAUGCACUGACAACAGCUAUAGAAAAUCCACCAUACGGCUCAAACACAACUGAAGCUAAGGAUCAAAAUACAAAAAUUGUUAUGGAUGUUCUUAACUCUGUUAAAGCAGCUGAUAUUCCAUCAAUAGUUAAAAAUCUAACAUUAGAACAACAAGAUGUUUUGAUGAAAUAUAUUUAUCGCGGAAUGGCAUCACCAGAAUUAUAUAGUUCAGCCGUACUUUUAAAUUGGCAUGAAAAGCUUACUGAAGUCGCGGGUGUUGGAUGUAUUGUACGGGUAACCUCAGAUCGAAGAACCGUGUGA